AUGGCGUUCAGUUCGGCUGGCAACAGCUGUGAAUUUUUUUAAUUUUUGUAUUGAUUUGGUCCUCAUCCUCUUAAUCAGAUUAUGGUUCCUACGGUCUGUUGAAGCGAUUUUGGGUGACAAAUCAUACACUUCUUCAGUCGUAAGUUUUGUUAAGCGCCCGUCGCCGUUUGACGUGUGUGUCCCGGUAACUGAUAAAGACUUCAGUGGAAAGCUGAAAAAAAAAGAAGAAAAUAAAACCACAGAAACGGGGAACGGGCCCGACGCAGUUGCAUCUGUGCCUGCUAACUUUUAUUGCAUAUGAUGAUUUCUCCCAUAGAUCUAAACACUUCGUGAUAAGUGCUCCUGUGUAAAGUGCUAAUAAAAAGUGUGUUGAACGAAACAUGAAGCAAGGCAUUAGUUUCUCCGAAGAUUAUGUACAUGUUUACACUUGAUUGAUUAUGCGAGGAGAUAACAUGAAGUCAACACUGCGUCUUCAAAUUCCAUGUUGCUGGCUGUUUUCUUAACUUGCGAGUCGAAGCCCUCAGUAUCCUGGUCUCCGACCGCCGAGCUCUCCGGCAGAUCCGUCGGCCAGCGUGACGCCCGGCACGGGGGAGUGUCGGGUGGUGGCAGCGGCUCGUCUGAGGCCAUCGCGGCCUCGGCACUGGGUAGCCCACGAAGUCAGACCCGAUACCACUGCCACUGGAGGAAAGCGACGGCCGACUCUACCCGUCUCGGAGGAACACACGACCGGGUCUAGUGUACUUGUUAGAAGAAUCUUACCACAGGAACUCACUGCAAGAUCAGUCUCCUCACAUUGCAGCACGAGGAAGACGGACUCUGCCAUGUCGACGGGACCACUGGCCCGCGGUGACGACGCGGAUGGGCUGAAGACGCACAUCUCGACAGCGCUCGGAGGGCUGCUCGACCGAGCCCUCAACAACCGGCCGGAGAAGGGACUCGGCCCAGGUGGGUCCGUCCAUCUCGACCGUCCGCCGCCGGCUCGGUCGAACUCGGCGUACACCUCGGAGCUGGCCAAGCAGGUGCACCGGCUGAUUACGAAGCCAUCCCCGGCACGGCUGGUGCUGCUCCGUGCGACCGAGCGCGCCACCGGCGUACCCGACGCGCAGCCGUACUACACCUGCUUCUACUGUGAGUGCCGGUUCGAGCAGCAGAGCACCCGCAACAGACACAUGGGUCGGGCGCACAGGAGCGAGAUGAUUUGCUCCAGGUUGAAGCGGGAGAAGCCAGAGGAUGAACCCGACGACGUGGCCGUCACAGUCGAAUCUGACAACAGUUGGUGUGAACCGAACAACACCAUUUGGAUGCCCGGUGUGCCGGCCGGAGACACGGGAGCUGAUGGCGAUUUCCUCUGCCCAGAGACGAAGCCUUCGGUAGUGGGGUCUCCGGCCUCGGAGUACCCCCUUGGAUCCGGUGGCUGGCCGGAGACGAACGGCACGGGAGCGGUAGGCGCCGGCAGUGGCUCGCCGGGGUCCACCGCGCCCACGGCUUCGGCAGCGCACGCCGCGGAGCGGCAACCGGCCAGCACGACGGCAGGCUCUGCCACGUCGACGGAACAGCCGGGCCGCAGUGACCGGUCAGCGGGGUUGAAAACACAGAUUUCGACAGCUCUCGGAGGGCUGCUGGACCGAGCCCUCAACAACCGGCUGGAGAGGGGACUCAGCCCAGGCCUCAACCGACAGACGCUGAGCCAGCACACGACGCACCGCCCCGCGCCCACCUCCGCGUCAGGAGGGUUGUCGACGGGUCGGUGGCGACGUGUGUACAACACGGAGCUGGCGAAAAAAGUGCGACAGCAGCUGAUGCCGAUAUCUUCCCGCAAGUUUCCGGUCCGGCGGCGUGCAGCUGUGGGCGCUGCCGGCAACUCCGACUCUCACCGCUACGCCUGCUUAUACUGCGAGAGCCGGUUCGACCAGCAGCUCAAUCACCAGGCGCACAUGAUACAGGUGCACAAGGACGAGAUGAUCUCCACCAAGCCGAAGCGCGUGAAGCCCGAGAACGACCCGGGUGACGCGUCUGCCGGUGAAGACUCCGACCGCGGUUGGCGUGAACCGAGCCCCACCUGUUUGAUGUCAGAUGCACCCUGCGGAGACACGGGAGGUGACGGCAGUUUCAUCUGCUCAGAGUCAACGUCUUCAGCCCCUGAGUGCCGUGGUGAAUCGGACGGCCGGUCGGAGAUGGACGGUGUGGGAGUGGCGGGUGGCGGCAGUGGCCCGUCGGAGUCCACUGCGGCCGCCGAUGCCGCGUCCCCGGACGCGACUGCCGACUCGUCGUGCGUGCUGACCUGCCCGCACUGCCUCAGACUGCUGGCGGGGAAGGACGCUCUGGCGACACAUGUCGCCGAGGAGCACCGGGCCAGCAUGACGACAGGCUCCACCACGUCGACAGGACAGCCGGGCGGUAGCGACCAGUCGUUGGGGCUGAAGACGCAGAUUUCGACGGCUUUUGGUGGGCUGCUGGACCGAGCCCUCAACAACCGGCUGGAGAAGGGGGUCGGACCGAGUGACCACCUCCACAGCGUCGACGGUCCGAUGCCGAGCCAGCUGCAGGAGCAGACGACUUAUUGCCCCGCAUCGGAAACGUCGUCGACGGGCCGGUGGCGACGUGUGUACGACACGGAGCUGGCCAAAAAGGUGCGGCAGGAGCUGACGUCCCAACCUCCCCAGCGCGCGGUAGAUGGCUCUGCCAAAAACUCUGACUCGCAUCGCUUCGCCUGCUCGUACUGCGAGAGCCGGUUUCAGCAACUGAGCACUUACAACAGACACCUGCUGCACGCGCACAGGAACGAGACGACCUGCUCCUGGUUGAAGCAGGAGCAGCCCGAGGACGACUCGGGUGACGUGUCUGCCGGUGAAGACUCUACUCGCAAGUCCGAGUGCUGUCGCGAAUCGGACGGCCGGCCAGAGACAGGCGACGCAGGAGCGGCGGGUGGCGGUGUUGGCUCGUCAGAGUCCACAGCGGCUGCUGAGGCCUCGGCUCCGAGUGCGACUCCCGACUCGUCACAUGUGCCGGCCCGUCCGCACUGCCGCAUACUGCUGGCGGGGAAGGUCGCGCUGGCGACACACAUUGCCGAGGAGCACCCGGCCAGUGUGGCGACAGACGACUCCGCCGAGUCGACGCCGACGCCGGGCUGUGGUGACGAUUCGGUAGGGCUGAAGACGCACAUUUCGUCAGCUUUGGGAGGGCUGCUGGACCGGGCCCUCGACAACUGUCCGGAGAGGGGACUUGGCCGAGGUGGCUCCACCCACCUCUCCAGCCUUGACCGGCCGACGCCGAGCCACCGGGGACCCGCCGGACAGACCCAGCCGCGCAAGGCCGACUCGCAGCGCUACGCCUGCUUCUACUGCGAGUGCCGGUUCGAAAACCUGAGCGCUCACAAGUGGCACACGAUUCACACGCACACAAACGAAAUGAUCUCCUCUGAGUCGAAGAGGGUGAAGCCCGAGGGCGAUCCGGCUGACGCGUCUGCCGGUGAAGACUCCAACUACAGUUGGCGUAAUCUGAGCCCCACCAUUUGGACAUCGGACGCACCUGCCGGAGGCACGGGAGGUGAUGGCGAUUUCAUCUGCUCAGAUUGCGGCAUCAGCUUCAGAACUCUGCCGGAAGUAGACGCACACCGCGAAGCAGAGCACGGUCGGCCCAAGUCCCCACUGCGGGACUCGUCGGCCGUGCGGGAUACGGUCUGCGACGGCUGCACGGAGGGAGACGCCGAAUCCAUUUUGGCCGCUCCUGCCUCUCCGCCUGACGGAGAGCUCGUAAAGCGGCAGGCGACGGAGGUGCACCGACAGGACACGCGGGUGGAAGCUGACCCACUCGUGCCUCCACAGCAAGAGAUUGAGACCAUAUUCGUCAAGGAAGAGACUUCGUUCCUGCACGAAUGGGAGUCCCCCGACGGCCUCAGUAUUGCACGGGAUCCCCUGAGCUUUGAGGAAGAGGUCGAAGAACCUACCGAUGAUUUGAUUCCUAUUUGUGAUCUGCAGACCAUUAAGAAAGAGGUCAUUGAAGAUCCAUUAGCAGUCUCGGGGCUCAUCGAAUGUAUUAAUGAGGAUCAAGUCUUAGGUUUAGGAAUGGAUACAACUGACGAAGAGGCAGCCAUCAGAGGACAUGCUUCACCUAUUACACGUACCACUGCCCCGACUUCGACCGGCCUGGCGAUCUCCGAGGUCGGCGGCGUCGGACGUGACGCCCCCGACUCGACACACCUCGUCUCGGCACCGGACGCGGGUACCGGUGACGGCCGACACCACUGCUCCGGCCUUGACGUCCAGUGGCAAUUCUGACAGUGGUAGCGGCGCCACCGAUACUUAUAAAGGGGGAACCGUCACGGACAGCGUCGAAAAUGGAUCGGGAGAGGAGCGGCACUCUGCACACGUGAAGCCGCCAUUUUCCUACGCGGAGCUCAUCGCGACGGCCAUAACCAAUUCACCGCACAGACCCGAAAUAUGAGGCCAUGUUCGAGAACGGAAACUUCCGACGUAACGGGCGCGUGAAGUGGUCGCCAUGGAGGUGUCCGGGG